CAAACAAACAAACUGCACGUGCCUGCCUGUUUGUCCGUCUGUUUGCCGACGCCAGAGGAACAGAAGAGGAUCCAGCAUCCAAACAGCUGAAGCUCUCACCUGAAAUUUCGGACCAUGGAUGCAACAGAGUUUCGUCGCAGAGGAAAGGAGAUGGUGGACUAUGUGGCCGACUACCUGGAGAACAUAGAGAAGCGGCCGGUCUACCCAGACAUAGAACCAGGGUAUCUUCGGUCCUUGAUCCCCAGUGAGGCUCCACUGGAGCCGGAGACUUAUGAGGAAAUCAUGAGAGAUGUGGAGAGGGUCAUUAUGCCGGGGGUGACCCACUGGCACAGCCCCUACUUCUUCGCUUACUUCCCAGCUGCUUCCUCUUUCCCCGCCAUGUUGGCCGACAUGCUGUGUGGAGCCAUUGGCUGCAUUGGAUUCUCCUGGGCUUCCAGUCCGGCCUGCACAGAGCUGGAAACAGUGAUGUUAGAUUGGCUCGGCAAGAUGCUGCAUCUGCCUGAGUGUUUCUUUGCCGGAACUCACGGAAUCGGAGGAGGCGUCAUCCAAAGCACAGCCAGUGAGGCAACCCUGGUGUCGCUGCUCGCCGCUCGUUGUAAAGCAAUCCGACGGGUUCAGGCAACAGAUCCUGAAAAAACUGAGGCGGAAAUCUUCUCCAAACUGGUGGCGUACACCUCGGAGCAGGCUCACUCCUCGGUGGAGCGUGCGGCUCUGAUUGGAGGAGUGAUGAUGAGGAAUGUUCCUACAGACGACAGCUACGCCGUCAAAGGGGAUAUGCUGAAGAAGCUGGUGGAGGAGGACAAAGCAGCUGGACUCAUCCCUUUCUAUUUUUGUGCGACUCUCGGCACCACUCCAUCGUGUGCUUUUGAUCACAUCACGGAGCUGGGGCCCAUAUGUAAUGAGGAAAAUCUGUGGAUGCACAUCGAUGCAGCCUAUGCUGGGAGUGCAUUUAUCUGCCCUGAGUUUAGGCCUUUGUUGAACGGCAUUGAGUUUGCAGACUCGUUCAACUUCAACCCACACAAAUGGCUUUUAGUCAACUUUGACUGCUCUACGAUGUGGGUGAAGAAGAGAGCAGACAUUAUUGGAGCCUUCAAGGUGGACCCACUGUACCUGAAACAUGAAAACCAGGAGUCAGGCCUAGUCACAGAUUAUAGGCAUUGGCAGAUUCCACUGGGAAGAAGAUUUCGCUCGCUUAAGUUGUGGUUUGUCUUCCGGAUGUAUGGGCUCAAAGGUCUUCAGGCUCACAUACGCAAGCAAGUGGACCUGGCCAAAGAGUUUGAGAGUUUGGUACGAGCCGACAAGAGGUUUGAGAUCUGUGCUGAGGUCAUCAUGGGACUGGUCUGCUUCAGGCUUAAGGGCUCCAAUGAGCUGACCCAGAACCUGCUGAAAAAGAUCUCAAAGAGCAGAGAGAUCCACCUGGUGCCUUGUCAGCUCGCUGGACGCUUUGUCCUGCGCUUCGCCAUCUGUGCACGGACCACAGAGUCCCGUCACGUCCAACAAGCGUGGCGGCACAUCACGCAACUGACCUUUGAGCUCCUGCAGGAGGAGUCCAGCCAUUGACCAAAAGGCAGGGGGAGGGGGGGCUGUAUAAUCUGAGACCCGAUUGCAGGACCAAAGUUAGGAUGAAAAUUUCAGGUUUCAGGUUGUGGAUGUAAAAUGUCACAAAGGGAUCGAAACAGCUCACUUAGCCCUUACAUGUGUUUGUGUCAGCAGCCAAGCAGUGAUAAUUAUUUAGCAGAUUUAUCUUUUUUGAUAAAUGUGCAUAACAGGCACUGCUGCAGGUUCAGAACAUGACAUGUUCUAUCUGCAACUCAGCUUUAAUCUGUCACUGUUUAUGUCAUUGUCCUCAUUGUAAUGC